AUGUCCAAGGUAACGGGAAGACAAAUUACUGAGAUUACAGGAAGUAAAAUUUCCAAGGUCAAGGGAAUUAACAUUUCCAAGGUCAAGAGUCGUCAAAUUUCCAAGGUCAAAUUUCCAAGGUCACGAGAAUUUCCAAGGUCACGCAUUGUUAGAAAUCAAGGACACACGGACACAAGGUCCUUCCCACAUCCCAAGUCCUUCCCACAAGGUCCUUUCCCAACAAGGUCCUCCCCACAAGUCCUUCCACAAAGAUACCACAAGGUCCUUCCACACAAGGUCCCUUCCACAAAGUCCUUCCACAAGGUCUCCCACAAGGUCUUGACAAGGUCUUCCCAAAGGUCCUUCCCACAAGGUUCCUUCCCACAAGGUCUUCCUAAGGUCCUUCCACUUCCUUCCCGCCCUUUCCCCACAAGGUCCUUCCACAAGGUCUUUCCACAAAGUCCUUCAACAAGGUCCUUCCUAGUUCCUUCCCACAAAUUCCGUCCCACAAGGUCCUUCCCACAAGGUCCUUCCCACAAGGUCCUUCCACAAAGUCCUUCCCACAAGAACAUCCCACAAGGUCCUUCCCACAAAGUCUUUCCCACAAGGUCCCUUCCCACAAAGUCCUUUCCCACAAGUCCUUCCCCUUCCACAAAGGUCACAAACAAGUCUUCCCACAAGGUCCUUCCCACAAAGUCCUUCCCACAAGGUCCUUCCCACAAGUCCCCCACAAGGUCCCUUCCCAAAGUUUCCACAAAGUCCUUCCCACAAGGUCCUUCCCACAAGGUCCUUCCACAAAGUCCUUCCCACAAGGGUCCUUCCACAAAGGUCCUUCCCACAGGUCCUUCCCACAGUCCUUCCCACUCAAACACAAGGUCCUUCCCACAAAGUCCCUCCCCAAGGUCCUUCCACAAGGUCCUUGCACAAGGUCCUUCCACAAGGUCCUUCCGCAAAGUCCUUCCCACAAGGUCCUUUCGCUUCCCAAAAAGUGCCAAAAGUUUCCCACAAGCAAAGUCCUUCCCACAAGGUCCUUCCCACAAGGUCCUUCCCACAAGGUCCUUCCCACAAGGUCCUUGCAUAGGUCCUUCCCCACAAGUCCUUCCCACAAAGGUUCCUUCCCACAAGGUCCUUCUCACAAGGGUCGUUCCACAAGGUCCUUCCCAUAAAGUCCACAAGUCCUUCCCACAAGGUCCUUCCCACAAGGUCCUUCUCACAAGGUCCUUCCCACAAAGUCCUUCCCACAAAGGGCCUUCCCACAAAGGUCCUUCCCACAAACUUCCCUUCCAAAGGUCCUUCCACAAGGUCCUUCCCCACAAAGGUCCUUUCCCACAAAGUCCUUCCCACAAAGUUCCUUCCCAUAAAAGGUCCUUCCACAAGGUCCUUUCCCACAAGGUCCUUCCACCAAAGUCCUUCCUCACAAGGUCCUUCCCACAAAGUCCAUCCACAAAGGUCCUUCCCCAAGGUCCUUCCCACAAGGUCCUUCCCCACAAAGGUCCUUCCUUCCCACAAGGUCCUUCCCCAACACAAAGUCCUUCCCACAAGGUCCUUCCCACAAAGUCCUUCCCACAAGGUCCUUCCCACAAAGGUCCUUCCCACAAAGUCCUUCCCACAAAGUCCUUCCACAAGGUCCUUCCCCACAAGGUCCUUCCCACAAAGUCCUUCCCAAGGUCCUUCCACAAGGGUCCUUCCUACAAGGUCCUUCCACAAGGUCCUUCCAGGUCCUUCCACAAAGUCCUUCCCAUAAAAGUCCUUCCCACAAGCGUCCUUCCACAAGGUCCUUCCCACAAAGUCCUUCCCACAAGGUCCUUCCUUCCCACAAGGUCCUUCCCACAAAGUCCUUCCACAAAACAAGUCCUUCCACAAAGGUCACCUUGUCCUUCCACAAGGUCCUUCCCACAAAGCAAGGUCCUUUCCUCAGAAGGUCCCCACAAAGUCCUUCCCAUAAGUCCUUCCUACAAGGUCCUUCCCACAAAAGUCCUUCCCAUAAAGGUCUUCCCACAAGGUCCUUCCCACAAAGUCCUUCCCACAAGUCCUUCCCACAAGGUCCUUCCACAAAGUCCUUCCCACAAGGUCCUUCCCACAAGGUCCUUCCCACAAAGUCCUUCCCACAAAGGUCUUCCCACAAAGUCCUUCCCUACAAGGGUCCUUCCACAAUUCCUUCCCAUAAAGUCCUUCCCAAGGUCCUUCCCCCAAAGGUCCUUCCUACAAGGUCCUUCCACAACACAAAGGUCCUUCCCACAAGUCUUUUCUCACAAGGUCCUUCCCACAAGGUCCUUCUCACAAGGUCCUUCCCACAAAGUCCUUCUCACAAGGUCCUUCCCACAAGUCCUUCUCACAAGGUCCUUCCUCAGGUGCCCCGCGACCUCAACACUCCACCCUGGCGACCCGACGCUUAAGGGCCAUUCGGGGAUCGAGCUUAGGCCUAAAGACGUGAGCAUAGGCCGUCUUGACGAGGGAACUUGA